AUGGGGGCCACGAACGGUUCUUCCGGCGUAUUCGCCAUCACAAAGACACGACUUUUGCUAGUUGCGUCGCUGGCCAUUACAUGGUGGUUUGCUCAUCUCUUGCCGAGCUACAAGCCUAUGAUCAAGGCCGAGUUCAAGUCGAGAUUGGAUGAGGCUCGUCAGAAGAUGCCCAAGAUCAAGGUUGACUGGAAACCCGACCUGAGCAAAGACCCGAGAUCCAACUACAAUGCAUCCAAGUUAGCAUUGAUCAUCGAGCCGCGCCCUAUUCCGCAUCUCGUACCCCAGCUAUUGCACAUGACCUCGGUGGUGCCUCCCGAUUGGAGAUUCCUAUUCAUCGGCUCCAACAAGAGCGUUGUCAGCGUCGCCCGAAGCUACGGCAUCAAGCACCAGCAGGUUAUUGGGAAGCUCGACUUGAUGGUCCUCCCUGAGCCGUGGGAGAUUGACACCAAAGAACACGUCUUUCGCCUGUUGACCGACAUUCGCUUUUACGAAGAAUUCCUCCCCGGUGUGGAAUGGAUCCUCAAGUUCGAAUCCGACAGUAUCCUCUGCUCCAACUCACCGACCAGUCUCAACGAGUGGCUCGACUGGAGUUGGGCUGGCGCACCCAAGACCCCUGAUGAUCGCUUCUCCGGCAAUGGCGGACUCUCUCUUCGACGAGUCUCGUCCAUCAAAAGAGUGUUGCAAUUUCAGGAGAGAUACAAUGACACGGAAGCCGAGGACGAAUGGUACGGGAAGCGACUCUGGGUCAUGCAGGGCGAAAAGGUAGCCCACGGCAGAAAGGGUGUUCUGGCUGUGGAAGACGUCUACAUGGAGAAGCCCAUGGGAUAUCACGUCAAGGAUGGGGGUCAGGGAAUUUCCGACAAGGUGUGGAAGAAUCCCACGCAACGGAAAAAGAUUUUCGACUACUGCCCUGAGCUCAGCUUGAUCAUGGAUAUGAAGUUGGAGCGCGAGCGCUGCGAGGGCGACAACAAAGAAGGCAGCAUCGGCCCAACGGACGAAGAGAAAGAAAAAGCCGCUGAAGAGGCCAAGAAGCAAGCCGAAGAAGCUGCCAAGAAGCAGGAAGAAGAGGAAGAGCGCCGGAAAAAGGAAGGCGAAGAAGAGAAGCAAAGACAAGCCGAAGAAGAGCGCAAGAAAGCUGAGCAGGGCGCAGGAGUCACCAAGGCAGAUAUCGAUGAGCUCCUCAGCGAAGACGACAUGCUCAAACUCGACUACGGUGCUGGCGGCAGUGGCGCCUCAGGGUCCAGCUCAGCAAAUGCCGAUGAUGCCGACGCAAAGGCCAAGGCGAUGGCUGCUGCAGCGCAAGCAAAGGCCGCCGAGAAGGCUCAGAACGCCUAA